CGAAUAAAUGUAUUAUCUAGGUAUAAUAUUAUCAAUUUAAAACAGGUGACGAUAGUCAGUACGGUAAACGGGGCAAGAGAUUAUUAGACAAUUCGCUUACGAGAUUGCAUACGCGUAUACACUCGUGGAUUGUAGUUCCGUCGCACGUGUUUUGAUUUUUACCAACCUCAAAAAUGGAUCUCGUCAACCAGAUCCUAGGCGACGAAAAUGUCAAUUCGAGGAAACUAAUUACCGUUGAGAAAGAAAUCGACGUAGAAAUCGACGAAGGAACACUUCUGGUAACCGACUACAAUCCUUUUAAUUUGAAAAGUGGUCAUUUUGAGUCGAACUUAAAAGAUCUGACAAGAGGUAAUGUGCAACUUCUGGUGAACAAAAUUUGGGAGUUACCAACAAAGUGCGUCGAAGAAGUGAUUGUUGCUGAGUUGCCUAAACAAAAAUACGUUUUACCAAGAUCAAGAAAAGUGCCUAAACCCAAACUACUUACGAAGUGGCAACAAUUUGCCAAAGAGAAGGGCAUAACUCCCAAGAAGAAAGGUAAAUCUAAGCUCAAGUGGGAUGAUCUUCUACAGAAGUGGACUCCAACUUAUGGAUUUAAAAAGGCUGAGGCUGAGAAACAAAAGGAGUGGUUGGUUGAGUGUAAUGAUGAUGGAAAACCUAAGGAGGAUCCAUUUACCGCUAUCAAAAUUGGCAAACAAGAAAGGAAGGCUAAAAAUGAGUUACAGCGGUUAAGGAAUCUUGCUAAGGCCAAGAAAAUUAAUGUUCCCAAGCUUGGAUUACCAAGCACUGAACACUUCAAAGAUGCUAAACAGUUGUCUACUGGUGUUAAGGUUGCACAAGUAUCAACAGCAUCAUUGGGUCGUUUCAACGAUGAAGUAAAGAAAGAGGUAAAGAAAAAGUCAAUUAAAAAGGGACGAGUCACUAAGAAGAGGAAGAAGAAUCCUGGCCAAAUGAAAGAGUCUGCUCCGAAAACCUCAAAGAAACCUAAACAAGGAAAAGGUAAUCGCGAUUUUCGUAAAAAAGUUGGAGGCAGUAAACGAAGAGGAAAGAAAUAAAACAUACAUUUUUGUAAAAUAAUUAAUUUGUGUAUCUGAGACUUGUUUUGAUGUGUGAGUGUGUGUAUAAAUUUGUAAGAAUGGUGAUCAAAAUUGUAACAAGAGUAUAAUCUAUUAAACUUGU